AAAAAACAGAGAAUUUCAUUUUUGAACUAAAUUUGAGUAUAGGUAUUAUAAAUAUUUUGAACAAUCAGACAUUAAAGCAUAUAUUAUUUAAGUUUAAUUUUAUAGAAACUAGUUUUUAAACUUUCAAACAUUAUUAAAAAAAAAAUACAAUGGACAUUUUUUCUGGAAUGGUAAUACAUCACUAUAGAAUUUAUAUUUCUUUAAACUCAUGAAUUAUUAUGGUCGAAAUGCUUGAAGAUACAUUAUUGAUGAAAUAUGUUCAAAUAUUUCUGGUUGUUGUAUUAUAUUGGUAUGUUUCAAUCCUAACAGUAUUUGUAAAUAAAACUUUGUUAAGUUCUAAUAAUUUGGAUAUGAAUGCACCAUUAUUCAUUGCGUGGUUCCAGUGUUUGGUUUCUGCUAUUAUUUGUUUUAUAUUAAGUAAUUUGUCUAAGAUUUUUCCAAAAUUAAUUAAAUUUCCGAAAGGUAAUCCAUUUCAUUGGAUAACUAUUAAAAAUGUGUUGCCUUUAUCAGUAUUAUUCAUUUUAAUGAUUACUACAAAUAAUUACUGUUUAAAAUAUGUUGGUGUUACAUUUUAUUAUGUUGGUAGAUCACUUACCACUGUAUUCAAUGUUAUACUGUCUUAUUUAAUACUAGGUCAAGUCACAUCAAAAAAGUGUUUUAUUUGCUGUUUUAUCAUUAUUUUUGGUUUUUUUUUAGGAAUUGAUCAAGAAAAUAUCUCAGGUUCAUUUUCAUUAGUUGGUACAGUAUUUGGUGUUCUUAGUUCCUUUUCUCUUGCAUAUUACUCUAUUCAAAUUAAAAAGGUUUUACCCUUUGUUAACAAUAAGAUUUGGUUACUAUCUUAUUAUAAUAAUGUAUAUGCAAGUGUUUUGUUUAUUCCACUAUUAAUUGUUGAAUUUCAAGAAAUUAGCAACUUAAGCAAAUUGACAGAUUAUAAGUUUCUACUUUUAAUGAUUGUAGGAGGACUAUGUGGUCUUUCUAUUGGUUAUAUCACAGCUCUUCAAGUACAAGUUACAUCUCCAUUGACUCACAAUAUUUCUGGUACAGCCAAAGCUUGUUUUCAAACAGUGAUAGCAUCUUAUUGGUAUAGUGAAUGGAAAUCAACAUUAUGGUGGCUGUCAAACUUUAUUGUUUUAGGAGGUAGUGCAAUAUAUACAGUUGUUAGAAACCGAGAAAUGGAACAAAAAUAUAGAUUGACUGCUUAUAGAUGAUGCUAGUAACAAAUUAUACACUACAAACAAUAUAUUUUCACAAUUUUAAACAAAAUACAACUAUUUACAAUUUGAUUUAUAAAAUUUGUAUAUUUAUAAAUAGUACAAAAAACAAUCUUCAGGAAAAUUUGUUUGAUAUAAAUUAUUAUUGUUUAUAUUUAAACUUUUUUAAUAAAUAACUGAUUAUUUUUUAUAUGAGAA